GGCGAUUUUGGCUUCGUUGGUUUGGUUUGUGUGAGAGAGAUGUACCCCACGACGAGGGACGCAGGCAGAGGUGAGAACAAUCCACACGCAAACCACCCUUCGUUUCUCAUGCCCACGGCCGGAUGGAUGGAUGGAUGCCCCUCUCCUCCCCUCUCCCCAUGCACUGAUGCAGACCGUUUGUCCAACCAGCCGUACCUGGGGCCGAUGCCGUCCAAGCCCACACCAGAAGGCGGCCUCGGCAUGGGCGGUACAAAGGACAUGGAUGCACCGGUUCCCAUGAUGCAUUGCUAUAGUUCGUUUCCCUUUCCCCAUCUCUCUCUCUCUCUCUCUCUCUCUAUCUCAUGGACAGGUGUGCAUCAGUACGUUGGCGGUUCGCAGCAGGUGUAUGGUGUUAGCGGUGUUGGUGUUGGUGCCGCCGGUGGUGCUGGUGCUGCUGGUGGUGGUGGGUAUGCGGCGGGGCCGCCCAGCAGCGUGUCGAUGAUGUAUGGGCCGCACCAGCACCAGCACCAGCAGCAGCAGCAGCAGCAGCAGCAGCAGAUGGGCAAGCCGACGGGUAGGUGGGUGGGAAAGAGCCAUUGAUGCAUCCAGCCGCACACACAGACGUGCCUUAUGUGUGGCCUUCUGGGUGUGGUGGGGUGCGUGUGGGUUUUGCAGGUGGUUUGGGCAUGGGUAUCUAUGACAGAGGUGGGCGAGGCAGCAAAAAAAGGAAAGAGAGAGAGGGGGAGUUCGUGUGGUGUGUGUGUGUGGUGUGUGUGGCUCCGUACGUCUGUGACUCUGUGUGUGUCAGUUGCGUCUCCUCCGGCGUCGUCCUUCGCUCUGAGAGGCGGCUAUGGGCAGCAGACACAGACACAGACCGAGGGCAUCAGAGGUCGGCGCAUCCACACACACACGUGUUCAGACAAACUCUCCUCUUUGUCUGUGUCUGUGUCUGUGUCUUUGUGUGUGUGUGUGGUUUGGCAGGUGUGUCGGGCCCCCCUGGCCCCUCUGGCUACUCGAUGCCCCUCUACUACACCAAAGACACUGCACCGGUCGGUACACACAUCCCGUCUUCACACACACAUCCAUCUGCACGUCAGCCGCCUGUCCGUCUGCCUGUCUGCCUGUCUGUGUGUCAACAACACACACAGGGCCCAUCGUACGUCAGUUCUGGCGAGUGGCAGUACCGACCUGUGCAGCGUCCGGUGCUCGGUACCAGCCAAUGAUUGGCUUUGUGGACGAGGAGGGAGGGGCUCGCGCAUCCCCGUGUGUGUGAUGUGUGUGUGUGCAGGUGCGCAGACGUCGCCGGCCGUCGAGACUGAGGGCGGCGGCAGGUACGGCCCGGCGUAUGCCGUCCCAUGGCAGGCGCGAUCUAACGCUGACAAAUCACCUGUCAAAUAUGCCGGUGGGUGAGCGAUGCAAUGAACACGUCUCUGAUGGAUGGGAUGGAUGGAUGGAUGUGUUGACGUCUGCAGGUUUCCUGCCUUUGGAGGGGCCGUACCAGGACGACAGCUGCCGCAUCGGAUAAGUAGCUGAUGAUAAUACUGACACACACACACACAUGCACACCCACCUGUGUGUGCGUGAUAUCCACCCCGCCACCCACCUUUGCGUGUACAGUGUGUAGACGGCCGUCCUCUCCUUUUGCAUGAGCGUGUGUGACGAUGGAUGGAUGGAUGGAUGUGUGUCUGUCUGUCUGUCUGUGUGUGUGCGUGUGACUUUGAUCGCGCAGAGAUGGUGUCUGGGUGACAGAGAAGGCCGACAUACAUACAGCGAUUGAGUGGGUGUGUGUAUGUGACCCAUCCCCGCCGUGUCACCCCCGAAUGCCGCCGUGUCACCCCCGAAUGCCGCCGUGUCACCCCCGAAUGCCGCCGUGCUUCCCUUCCCCCUUGCUGUCUGGCGCUGCCGGCAGUGCGUACAGAUGGGGGCACUCAGAUAGCGACAGCUACC